UCGUCUGCUUGAUAGAACACUUCUUAGUUCGUUCGCAUUUUGCGACUUACUUGUCCGUUCAUUUUUGCGUAUUGUCUUCGCGUAAAGAUGAAUGUGAUCGCGAGAUCUGCGAAUAUUUCACCGUAUUUGAAGGCAACGGUGACGGUUGUUUCAAAUGGAGGAAGAACGGUUGCUGCGACUGGUAAAGCUCAAAGACCACCAAUUGUCGUUCCUGCUCCCGUCACACCUAUGAUAAGUGAUACUAUGCAGCAGAACAUUAUUUCUGGAGUUGUAAGAGUUAACUCGAGUAUCUCAGCACCCACGCAAAUACAGCAGUCUCGUAUGGCUCAUACCGACAUCCAAGUACCAGAUUUCUCGCACUAUCGCAGAGAUGAUGUUAAAGAUCCAUAUGCAAGCAACCGUGAAACUGCUGCGUCAAGAAAAACAUUUUCUUAUGUUUUAGCAGCGGGUACUGGUUUAGCUGCUGCUUAUUCGACUAAAACAAUAAUCAAUGAGCUUGUGGCAACCUUAAGCGCAGGUGCUGACGUAUUGGCAUUGUCAAAGAUAGAAGUAAAUCUCGACGAUGUACCGGAGGGAAAGAAUGUAGCAUUCAAAUGGCGCGGCAAGCCCGUUUUUGUCAGACACAGAACGCCAGCCGAAAUUAAGAAAGAAAGCGCAGUUGACGUAGCCUCCCUUCGCGAUCCAGAACAUGAUAGCGAAAGGACACAAAAACCAGAAUGGUUGAUUGUUAUCGGCGUAUGCACGCAUUUGGGUUGUAUACCCGUUGCUAAUGCCGGUGAUUUUGGUGGUUAUUAUUGUCCAUGCCAUGGCUCUCAUUACGAUGCCAGCGGUAGAAUUAGAAAAGGUCCCGCUCCCUUAAAUCUCCAGGUUCCGCAGCAUACUUUCAAAGGAAACAUACUGACUGUCGGUUAAUGAUAGUUCGGUGUGUGUAGUAAUAAAUUGAACAUAUUUCAUAGAAUAUUUGACAUAUUAAAUCCUCUUCCUAACAACAAGGAUAACGAUUAAUUAAAUACGUAUCGAGACGUUUCGUAUAUUACGAAAUGUCAGUGUUCUAAUAUCUCGGCAGUCAACGUGGUUUACGAUGUAGAAGUUGUACAGUCUAUAAUAAAAAAAAAAAUAAAAAAAUAAAAAAAAAAUAGAAAAAAAACAAAAGAAACACGCUAUACGUUCAUAAGUAUUAAUCGUUGAUUUAAUAUAAUUUAUGAAAUUUGUAUGAAUCUAAGAAGAGAAUGAAUUGCGACUGGAUGAAUGAUCAUUGUAUGGUUCAAAGGGAACAGAUUAAAUAUUUAAAAAGUA